AUGGGUGAUGAGAACAGUGAGGGUUGCUGCCUGCCCUUAAAGGAGGAGUUCCAACGCUCCAAGUUCUCCCUGCAUUAUGAGGACCCUGGAGUCUUCUGUCGCUCGCAAUGGCAGAGUGGAGAGCGAAGUUUGAUCUGGGUCCUCUAUCGAUGGGCGCUGGCUACCUUCUUUGCCGCUGGAGUUAUUGGCAGCAUGCUGCAGGAUUUUAAUGGCGGUCGAUGGUUCAUAUUUCUCACGGAUUGGGGAUUCACGCUGUGCUUAUUUACCUGCACAUACGGCGCUGUAAUCGCCACCGUUUACUACUUUAAUCAAAGUUAUUUUGCUCGUGGCGAUCGUUCGCUAAAGAUUUACUGGAUUUCACACUAUACCACUUCGGUUCUAUCAAUGCUGAUUACCACGGUCUUCUGGGCAGCGCUUUCUUCUACCAUGCCCGAAAUAGCUGGAGAGCUUUACAACUUGUGGUGCCACGCCUUCAAUUCGAUCUGCAUGGUGUUUGACUGUUUCAUGGUGGCUUAUCCCAACCGUCUUAUGCACUUUAUCUACCCCUUUUCCGUUGUGCUUAUUUUCCUGGUACAUUCUUUGAUUUACUACUGGGCCGGCGGUACUGACAUCGACGGGAAUCGGUUUAUCUACUACGCGCUGGACUGGGCGCGUCCUGGGCUGGCGAUUGGAUUUGUUUGUGCCGCUUUGUUUCUAAUUUGCUGCUUUUCCUUAGUGGCCUUUGGAAUUUAUCGGUUGCGGAUCUCUAUGUACAACUGUUGCAACAAAAAGCAUGAGGAAACACCAGACCUUAAGGCUACUCCCAAGGGUACCUCUCUUACUGUUUAAAUUCUAUCUUUUUUAAUCGGUCUCAAAAGCAUAGUAUAGAAAAAUCUGUACUUAGGCCAUUUUCUGGACCACGGCGAACUGAAGUGAUUGGAUUUGGUUAGACCAUUUUUCCAGAGCAUUGUAUCGCGAGGCGCUGCUGUUGAUCUUGUCUAGCUGGAGCACCUGGUUUACCUGGUCGAUGCGACCCUUGAUUGUGCUGGUGAUGCAAUAAACAUUAGAUAAACACUCAUAA